AUGUCUAGAUUCAUGGAAAUGGGCGCCAUAUCGGUCAGCGAUAAUCGCCAGGUUGUCAUGGCACUUGAUCACGAUGUGCAGAACGAAUCUGACCAGAAUCUGCGCAAAUAUCGUCUAAUCGAGGAGUUCGCCAACAAGCAUGGCAUAGAUUUCUAUCCUGCCAAGACUGGAAUUGGCCACCAAAUAAUGAUUGAAGAAGGUUAUGCAUGGCCAGGAACACUCACAGUUGCCAGUGACAGCCAUUCGACCAUCUACGGAGGCAUCGGCUGUCUCCGCCCCGCCAUUGUUCGCUCAGAUGCAGCGAGUAUUCUUGCGACCUCGACCAUAUUCUGGCAAGUCCCGCCGAUUGCAAAAGUCACAUUUACAGGCGUCCUGCCACCCGGAGUCACAGGCAAAGAUGUCAUCAUUGCGCUCUGCACCUUCCUCAAGUCCGAUGUGCUGAACAUGUGCGUCGAGUUCACGGGCUCUGAGCAGACUCUUGCAAGCAUACCCGUUUCGGAAAGAUUAACUAUUUCAAAUAUGGCUUGCGAAUGGGGGGCGCUAUCAGGACUCUUCCCCGUCGACAACACGCUUGUUUCCUGGUACCGUGCCAGAGCAUCGGCCGCAGCAAUUACUGAUAGCCCUACCAAGUCUCGUCUAAAUCAUAAGCGGAUUGAUGAGCUUCUAGAAACCUCUCCCGUAGCUGAUCCUGGUGCCGUGUACGCGAAAGAAUUUUAUCUGAAUCUUUCUACUCUUUCACCCUUCGUUGCCGGACCCAACUCGGUCAAUGUCGCAAACCCUGUUGCAAAGCUCGAAACUGAGAAUAUCGCUAUUGACAAAGCCUAUCUCUUGAGUUGCACCAAUGGCAGGAGCACGGACUUUGCAGCUGCUGCUCGUGUCUUCCGCGAGGCUGGUACCAAUGGCAAACCUGCCAAGAUCCACCCCCGGGUCAAGCUCUAUCUUGCGCCAGCGUCUGUGGCUGAACAACGAAUGUCGGAGGAAGCUGGUGACUGGCAGGUUCUUGUUCAAUCUGGGGCCGAGCUUCUUCCCGCCGGCUGUGCUACUUGCAUUGGCCUGGGUCGUGGCUUGCUGGAAGAAGGUGAAGUGGGCAUAUCGGCAAGCAACAGAUCCUACAAAGGACGCAUGGGCAGCCCCAAAGCAUCGUGUUAUCUCGCCAGCCCCGAGGUGGUUGCCGCUUGUGCUAUCAAAGGCCAGAUCGCUUCCCCUGGGUGGUACUCGAAGCCUGAUGGCGUUGAGAAGGUCAUUGUUGGCGAGGGCACCGGUGAUUUUGUAGCCGAUAAGGCUCGCUCCACUGGGGAUGCUUUUGAAAAGCUCAUUGGCGAGAUGGAGAGCAUGAUCAGCGCCGCUGAAGGCGCCGCCGAGGCAGUAGCAAGCCCAACGGCUACUGGAGACGAGGUCUUGACGGAUGUUCUACCAGGCUUCCCCGAGAAAAUUGAGGGCGAGAUUGUUUUCUGUAAGGAAUUGGUCAGUGCUCGCAAGAUGAGUUGUUCGCUAACCGCAACAGGCGACAAUGAUAACAUUAAUACUGAUGGUAUCUAUCCCGGACGCUAUACAUACCAGGAUGGCAUGACGACAGAGCAAAUGGCCGAGGUGUGCAUGGAGAACUACGAUACUAAUUUCCGCAAUAUCAUUCGACCAAAGGAUAUACUGGUAGCCGGGUAUACUUUCGGCUCUGGUUCGUCUAGGGAGCAGGCUGCUACUUCUAUCCUAGCUAACAAGAUUCCUCUCGUUAUUGCCGGCAGCUUUAGCUCCAUCUUUAGCCGCAAUAGUAUUAACAAUGCUCUUCUUGGACUUGAAAUGCCUAAACUGGUCGAGCGGCUUCGUGAAGCGUAUAAGAAUGAUGCAGAGAAGCCUCUGACUCGUCGAACGGGCUGGAAGCUGCUGUGGGAUGUCCGCCGGUCUCAGGUUACUAUUACGGAGCAGGAUGGCACCUCCUGGGUGCAAAAGGUGGGUGAGAUGCCUCCUAAUGUCCAGGAAAUCAUCGCCAAGGGAGGUAUUGUGAAGUGGGUGCAGUCUACUCUGCAGGCUUGA